AGAGGAUCUCGAUCUAAGAACUACAGAUGGUGGCUCCGGAUAGUUCUCUACACAAUCUUUCUCCUCUGUGGCCAGUCUGUAGCUACAAUUCUCGGAAGACUUUACUUCGACAAAGGUGGGAGUAGCAAGUGGCUUGCAACACUUGCCCAACUUGGUGGUUUCCCAAUUCUAAUUCCUUGCUACUUCAUUCUUCUACGCAAAUCUUCCAUUGCAAACAACAUUAUCGACUCAAAUCCACCAUCUUUCCUGAAACUGUUAACAUUGGUCUAUGUACCUCUCGGGCUACUUGUAGCUGGAAGCGCCUUUCUUUUUUCAGUUGGCUUACAGUACCUUCCUGUAUCUACAGUUACUCUAAUUUCAGCAUCCCAGUUGGCCUUUAAUGCUUUAUUCUCUUAUUUCCUUAAUUCACAAAAGUUCACUCCAUGCAUCAUCAAUUCUCUAGUUCUCCUCACUAUUUCCUCUGUUCUCCUAGUAGCAAAUAAUCAUACUGAAAAGCCUGCUGGAGUCUCUAAAGGACAGUAUGCAAGCGGGUUCAUAUGUACCAUUGGUGGAGCUGCAGUGUACGGCUUGGCGCUUGCUUCACAGCAGCUCGCCUUCCGAAAGCUACUAAAGGGGGAAACAUUUAAAGUUAUCCUUGAUGUUAUAGUAUUUCAAUCACUGGUUGCAUCAUGCACUAUAGCGGUGGGAUUAUUUGCUAGCGGAGAUUGGAAGGGAUUGAAGAGGGAAAUGGAGGGAUAUGCUCUGGGGAAAAUUUCCUACGUCAUGACUGUGGUUUGGACUGCUAUAAGUUGGCAGGUUUUUGCUAUUGGUACGGUAGGAUUAAUUUUUGAGGUGUCUUCCCUCUACAGCAUUGCCAUAGGUACAGUUGGUUUGCCUAUUGUACCAGUACUUGCUGUCUUCGUUUUCCAUGAUAAAAUGGACGGAAUAAAGGGAAUGUCCCUGGUGCUAGCUAUUUGGGGCUUCAUUUCCUAUGUUUAUCAGCACUAUCUUGACCAUCAAAAGCCGAAGAUCGAAAACAGAAUAGCCAGUGAAAUUUCUGAAGGUUGCACCCUUGGAGAGGUUAUUCAUUCAGAUAACAGAGCCUAG